UGUUCUUUUCACUUUGCGCCCGGGCGAUGGUUACGUGUUUUAAAAACUAGAAAAAUAAAAAAUUGACGUCUAAUCGUGACAUGAUAUAUGAGUGAAAAAUGACAUUGACACAAAAGUUGAAAUAUGAAAUGGGGCUUCGCUUUAUUUCUCAACUUCGACUCAAAAAUAAUCGUCGAUACAAAUCGCAUAAAAUGCGUUUAUCCCCGUUUGUGUGCAUCGAAAACUACUGGCCAGAACGUCAUUACGUUUCCCCGUAAUUUUCCCAACUUUCGCGUCGAUUCAAGAGUUGUAAUUGGAAGUUUCCAUUGGCUCUCGUGUGAAAAACGUGACUUUGGGGCAGUUUCCACGAGUCGCGUACAGUACCGGAUUUUCCGGCGAAGCGAUUGGUUGAGUGCCGUGCGUUCUUCGCGAUCUUUCAGUGAUUGGAGGCGACCGCAACUUAUAAAACUGCUUGAUUUCGGCCUGUUUGGGCGCUAACCGACAGUCGAAAUCGAACUUCGACGCCAAAGAGAACUCGUCGGAAUCGGGGAAAAUUCGGAAAAUGUACUUUUUAUUGCGCGCGGAAAUGCCGAAAAAAUGAUGGCAAGCGGGCGGACAUGGGUGAGCAUAGCUUGUUUUUUUCUUUUCGCCGCCGGCUGGUUGGUGGGCCUAGCAGAAGGCAUCAAAUGGUUAUCGCUUCAGCACUCGCACCUGAACUGGAACAUCAGUUCCAUGAACAACAACCAUGGGCGUGGAAUCCGUUCGGGAGUAAGAUCCCCAUGCACCCAAGCCAGACGAAGAUACGGUCUGGUCAAGAUCCAGGCGAAAUUGUGCCGCACCUCGAUGGAAACCAUGCCGCAUAUCCAGAACGCUGCCACGCUGGCCUCGGACACCUGCAGAAAGGUAUUCAGCGAGCGCCGAUGGAAUUGUUCUUCGAUUAUUACGGCCCCAUUUCUCACUCCGGACCUGACCAGAGCCACACGAGAACAAGCCUACGUGUACGCAAUCAGUUCAGCUGCGCUGACUUAUACACUGGCCCGAGCUUGUUCCAGUGGAAACUUGCACCAUUGCACCUGUGCAGGCAGACCGACCAGCCCGAAUGUGGACAGCUUCCAAUGGGGCGGCUGCGGCGAUAACGUCAGAUGGGCGUCCCAGUUUGCAAAGCGCUUCAUCGACAACGUCGAAAAGCACAGCUUGGGGAAGAAGGAGAAGACCAAACGCGCCAAAGAGGAUAACUCCAUCCUCAGGGACGAUGCGGCUGUGGUCAAUCUGCAUAACAACCGCGUGGGAAGAAAGGUGAUCAUGACCAGUCUGCGUACUCAGUGCAAAUGCCACGGAGUGUCCGGCUCAUGUAAUAUAAAAACGUGCUGGAAGGCGCUUCCAUCCAUGACGGAAGUCGGGCAGCAGUUGCUCCAGAAAUACACCACAGCCAAAGAAGUGUCGAAGACUCUGGUGGAUCGACUUCAGGUGCAAGUGGGGAAGAAAGUGGCCACGUCCGAGCAACUGGUUUACAUGUCCAAGUCCCCGGACUAUUGCACCAAAGACGAGAAAUUGGGGAGUUUUGGAACGGUUGGCAGGCACUGUAACGUCUCGUCCAACAGCCUGGACAGUUGCAGAAUACUAUGCUGCGGUCGUGGCUAUCGCACAGUGGUUGAGGAGAAAAUCGAACGUUGUCAAUGCAAAUUUUACAACUGCUGCUACGUAAAGUGCAAAAUCUGCCGAACAAUGAGCCAAGUGUACGAGUGUUUAUAGACUAUAAUAAUACCAUAAACUUCAAGGCUCUUACGUACAAUAUUAUUCAGGGUGUUCGCAAAAUGCGGUGAUUCUACAUGCUAGACUCAUGUAACAAAAAGCAGAGUUACAGCUCAGAACACCCUGUAUCGUAAUGGUUCGUGGCAUUUCAAUCAACGUAGAGUCGAACGCCUUGUAAAAUAGAAUGUUGAAUUAAAACUGGGCGAUCCAAAGUUCACUUCCAUUAAAGAGUUCGCUAAAUCCUGCA